AUGCUCGCCUGGUACCAAGCCCGCCUCGCCUCCCGCCCCCUCCUAACCCAAUCCCUCACCACCUCCCUCCUCUUCGGCAUAGGCGACAUCACCGCCCAGCAACUCAUCGAGCACCGCGGCCUCGCAAACCACGACCUCCUCCGCACAGCCCGAAUGGCCUCCUACGGCGGUCUAGUCUUCGGCCCAGCAGCAACAACCUGGUUCCGCCUCCUCCAGUCCCACGUCAGGUUCCCCUCCUCCCCAAACCGCACCAUCCUCGCCCGCGUGGCCGCCGACCAGGGCCUCUUCGCCCCGACCUUCAUCGGCAUCUUCCUCUCCUCCAUGGCCGUCCUCGAAGGGGGGUCCGUGACCGAAAAGCUCUCGUCUUCGUACUGGCCCGCCCUGUCGGCAAACUACCUCAUCUGGCCGUUCGUCCAGCUUGUCAACUUCAAGUUUGUCCCGCUCCAGCACAGGGUCCUGUUUGUCAAUGUCAUCAGCAUAGGGUGGAACUGCUAUCUCAGUUUUCUCAACAGCUCCGCGGGGACGGAGGCGGUGCCGCCGCAGGAGGAGACGGUCAAGAUGGCGUAG